AUGCGUGUUUAUCAACACAUGACGUCAUCGUUGUCAGGCUAUCAUCGUCAAACAUCUCGAUCUCGCUGUUUGUACGACUCUGUCGCCCGCGUCGGACUUUCGUACACACUCGUUUCGUUUACUUUUGAUGGCUAUUGUUGCCGGAAAGCCGUUCAGUUCGUCGUGCGGCUUGUCUUCGAGUUUUCACGUCAAUACGCUGUUGAGACACAGAAGAAUCAGUUGUUGUCCAGGGGUCUGUCGAUUAUUGUCAACUUUCGACGGGAACUGAGGCGAUGAAACUGCUAGAAAAUGCUCAGUUCGAUUCUCUCACGGAGCGAUUGUGUAUGGAAACCGGAAAUUGCCGAAUAAAUGGACGCAUUGAGAGCUACUCUUGCAAAAUGGCUGGUGGUGACAAACGUUUAUACAAACUUCUAAGUCAUGAUGGCCAGGGUGAUGUCCAAGCUCUCUCACCUCCCACACAUUUCGAUGGACCAGCAUCUUAUCCAUCUUAUCCACCUGCCGGUCCACUGUGUGAUGCUUGCCCCAGGAAAACCAUUUUCUACUUGAUAUCAACACUCAAUGCAUCCUUCCAUCCCGACUAUGAUUUCAGUAAUGCGAAGUCUCACGAGUUUAGUCGUGAGCCAAGUGUCCAGUUUGUGGUGAACGCUGUAAAGAGUAGUCUUGGUGCUACUGCUGGUGAGCAUUUCGCCAAGCUGGAGGCUAAUCUUUGGGACGCACUGGAUAAGGAAAUAUCUCUCUCACAGUCUACUAUCUACAGCUACACGCCCGAUCUCGAUUCCGAUCCAUACGGUGAAGACGGCAGUCUGUGGUCAUUCAACUACUUCUUCUAUAACCAAAAGUUGAAACGCAUAGUAUUCUUCAGCUGCAGUGCAACUAGUCCCCUCGCUGUUUCUCAAUGUGACGAUGACGAGAAGGAGGAGAUGGACAUCACCGAGGAAUGCACAGAUGAUAGCGGCAUUGAUAUCGACCACCAAACGGUCAGAAAUCGAAUGUACGGCUACAGCCACUUCACUGGAGAGAGAAGCCUGUGAGAAGGCAGUGCAGAUCUGUGUAUUCUAAUGUGUUGACUACUACUAAGGUCACGUUACUCUACUACAUCCGGGUAUUUUAGCUCUUAAUUCUAGCCCCAGUUUUUAACAUUGCUACACACAGUAUGGUACAUAUAGGCGUGUACAUAUGCAUACACUCAAAUGCAUCGUAUUUUACAGCAAUUUUUUCGUCGAAGCUUUGGCACUGAAACGCCACAGAGAUUUGUAUCAAAAUACAUUUAGAGCAUUCAGUCUAAUUUUGUC